CUUGUGCAAGUUUGGCGCCUAAGAAUCUUAUGACAUGACAUACCUUUUCUAUUAAGGUAGGAAUCUUGUUAUAUAUGGCAAAUAAUUCUUUCAUGGAAGGUAUAAAGGUAUUGGGAGAGUAGAGUUUGGGGGCCCGAAGAAAUGGCGGAGGGGUCGGGUUCACAGAUCAGCGUGAUCGGUUCGCUCGCGCUCUCGGUUGCUUCUUCGGUCGCGAUUGUCAUCUGCAACAAGUAUCUCAUCAGCUCCCUCGGAUUUUUAUUCGCGACGACGCUGACGAGCUGGCACCUGCUGGUGACGUACUGCACGCUGCACGUGGCGCAGCGGCUGCGGUUCUUCGAGGCGAAGCCCAUCGACACGCAGACCGUCAUCCUCUUCGGCCUCCUCAACGGCACCUCCAUCGGCCUCCUCAACCUCUGCCUCGGCUUCAACUCCAUCGGUUUCUACCAGAUGACAAAGCUGGCCAUCAUCCCCUUCACAGUCCUGCUGGAAACUGUCUUUCUCCACAAAAAGUUCAGCCAGAGUAUCAAGCUAUCUCUUCUAAUCUUGCUCCUCGGAGUCGGCAUUGCGUCCGUCACCGAUCUCAAGCUCAAUCUUCUCGGCUCCGUCAUCUCCGUCCUUACCAUCGCAGCGACCUGCGUUAGCCAAAUCCUAACAAACACAAUACAAAAGAGGCUCAAGGUCUCCUCCACACAGCUCCUAUACCAAUCUUCGCUGUACCAAGCCGCGGUGCUGUUCGCUACUGGCCCUCUCGUCGAUCGGAUGCUCACUAACCGCAGCGUCUCAGCCUUCAAUUACACCUUCGAGGUUUUGGGAUUCAUUAUUCUCUCUUGCUCGAUCGCCGUAUCCGUCAACUUCAGCACCUUCCUAGUGAUCGGCACGACAUCUCCCGUGACGUAUCAGGUGCUCGGCCACCUUAAGACUUGCCUCAUCCUCUCCUUCGGAUACACCAUACUACGCGACCCUUUUACCGCGAAGAACAUCGUCGGCAUUCUCAUCGCCAUCUUCGGCAUGGCUCUUUACUCCUACUACUCGGUGCUCGAGAGCAAGAAGAAAUCCGCGAACGACACCCUGCCCGUAACUCAGAUGGUUGACAAGGAGGCGUCGCCGCUUCUGGGUGCGAAGAAUUCAGGGCGUUAUCAGGACGGCGACGGCGACGAGACGAAAGAUGCGAAUGAAGUUCUUCCAGCUUCCAAAACUUCAUUUGGUCAGUGACACACUCUAUAGGUGACAAGAAAAAAAAAGGAUUUGAGUACCUAAACCACCAUAGGAUAGGGGAAAAAAAGGUUACUAUAUUUAUUACCAUGUAUAUUUUGAUUCUUUACAGUGGAGUUCUAGAUCAUCUUUUUUGUUUCCCUUUGUGUUUUUUUUUGUUUUUUGUUUCGACCAAUCAAGAGUUGUUAACUAGAUCUCUCCCUCUUUAUCCUUCUCCUUUCUUUGUUUAGUUUCAUAUGAAGCAAUAUAUAAUAUUAUUGGAUCCAAACUCUUGUAAGUUAGAAACUUUUGCUUGAAUCAAGUUUUAAUAAGUGUUUGAUAAGAAGUGAAA